ACGCUGUAUGAAGUAGUAAAAACUUUAGUUGGAGAUGUAAGGACGUAUCUAUUCUAUUCAUGGGUUUAGCAAUAUAUACAUUAUAAGCGGACUAUUUUGUGUGAUUUCGUCUGAUUCUAACUGUCGUCUGUUUAAAUCUGGUGGAUAAUUUUAUAGAGUAGCAACGCCAUUAAGCUGCAUAGAAGGAUUAAUAUUAUUUUGUACUUUGGGUUUGAAGGUUUACUGCAGUAAAACAUUAUUGAACUGAAAGAUGGGCGCGUUUUAAGAUUGAACAAGGAUUUCAUAUUUGAUAGUAUAUACUGUCAUAAGGUGACUGACAUUUUCAAGAUGACGGACAAAACGUCACGUGACACAAUGAAGGAAACUGCCAGCAAUGAGUCAUUUGACUCCACAGGAAAGAAGAAAAGUUUCCGGCGUCUUAUCAGUAGAUUUGCUGAGAAAACAUCAAUGGUUGGAGUUGCUUAUAUUGACAAUGCAAAGUUCUGGUGGGCAAAAAUUAUCUGGAGCAUCAUGCUACUGGCUGCCCUUGCUGCUAUGACGUUGCAUCUGUGGUAUCUAAUUGACCAAUACACUCAGUGGCCAGUACAGACAAAGAUUGCACUUGGUUUUGAAACAUUACCAUUUCCUGAGGUCACCAUAUGCAAUACUAAUAUCAUGCACAGAGGACGGUUUGAUAAGUUCAGUGGCGCCAAAGAACUGAAAAUCUUAGUAAAGGAAUUGCAACCAGAAAAUCUUGUCCCUGACCAAUUUGAUCCCAACUACGAUCCGUAUAAAAAACCUAGUGGGAAUGGAUCAACUGACCCCCCAAAGAGACGCAAGCGUUUUGUUCCUCAAUAUGAUAAUUUUAAUACUUCCCAAUUCGAUAGAGGAGAUAAAGGGAACCCGCGUGCAAUGAAAGAAAGCGAUACAGAUGACUUUGAUGGGACAAUAGAUUCACGAACAUUGUUAGAAGACCUCCUAACUGAACUAUAUAUGGAUAUUGGGAAACGCGAAAGAGCCGAACUGGGUCAUAACAUAUCAGAUAUGUUGGUUAGCUGCACGUUCAAUGGAAGGCAAUGCUCAGCAAACAUGUUUCGACUUCAUCAAACUGCAGAAUAUGGUAAUUGCUGGUCUAUCCGAUCUGAUAAAUUCAAUGUGAAAAAUUCUGGGCCAUCUGGAGGUCUUUCUCUGGUAUUAUAUUUGGAAAUGUCAGAGUACUUAAAGGGUGUCACAACAGGGUAUGGUGUGCGAAUGCAAAUACACGAACAAGAGACUUAUCCCUUUCCAUACCAAGAAGGUCAUUUCGUCCCCGCUUCCAUGGAAACGGAUGUUGGAUUACGAAUGGUAGCGAUACAUAGGCAAGAUGGAAAGUAUGGAGAUUGUGAUAGAGGAAACUCGUUUAAUACCAACUAUGAAGUAAAAUACUCUAGAAGGGCAUGUCAGAUUUUUUGUGAGAUUUCAAAGGUAAUUGAGAUUUGCAAUUGCUUCGGUAAUGGAGCAGAAGAAUUCCCUGGAAUCAAAAACAGUACCAUGAGACCGUGCCGAUCAAAAAGUGAGGUGUUGUGCAUGGUUGAUAUACAAAGACAGUUUGAAAAUCAAGUUUUAUCCUGUACAUGCGACAAUCCUUGCGACGAAGUUCAUUAUUUGAAAGCUACAAGCCAAAGACAAUGGCCGGCUGACGAGUAUGCGAUGGUUUUGUUAGAAGGAAUAUGUGAGAGGGACAAAGAUGUCUGUGUAACGAUGAGAAAGGACAUCAAUGACCAAAAUAAAAUAAAGCCUAACCGGAAAGUGACUAACAAUUUCUUGAAGCUGAAUAUUUACUACGAGGAUCUCAAUUACGAAAAUAUAACGCAGGUCCCAGAAAUAGAGGUUCAGCAGUUUUUAUCAGAUGUGGGCGGAGCAAUUGGCUUAUGGAUAGGUUUGUCAAUACUGAGCCUUUGUGAGCUUGUCCAACUAUUCGUCGAGUGCUGUGAUUACGGUAUUCAUAAAACUGUUAGAGAAAGACGUCAAAACAAAAAGAGACUUAGAAAGGAACGCAAAAGACAUGGUGAAACUAAUGGGCACAAUGCUGCUGCAAAAGAUGAAAGUCUUUGGCCAAGGACAAACUAUGGAUAUGACGAUGAAAGUUCUCGAAAUAAAUUUCAUUAUUCCAAUAAAGAUCGUGAUCCACAUCCGCGCCAAGGUCAUUCUGGAAAUGACGCUGUUUAUAAUAGACCUUAUACGGAGGACUUCAAUGGUCACACCUAUUAUUCUGGGAGAAUUUGAAAAAAAGAA